AUGGGAUGGACAGUGCGUACAUUUUCCCCCCGAUGCUGUGUUCUGCUGCUAACUUUGUCUAUAUUUCCCAGGAGCUGCAUAACGCUUGUCGACAGCCAUGACCGCAUUAUUGCUGUCCUUGGCGGUGUUCCUCAUGGGUCCAAGGGGAUGGAAUGGCAGGCAGUAGAAGCUGAUGCUACUGCUGCUGCUAUGCUUUGUCGUGAUUUGAGCACCUUCACUGAAGCACAAAAACAUGGUCGGCGUGGAGAUUUUGCCUCGCGAACGGUUGGGUACGGUUAUGGUAACGGGCGGCGCAAACCGCAGAACUACAAAGUUUCCGGCACAGCGAAUCAGAACGCCAUGCAAGAGCUUCUUCAAAACGAUGCGAUUCGGCGUAUCUCAGGCUUUCAAAACGCUCUCUUCAACACAUUCUGCCACAAGAACUAUGUUGAAUAUAGGGAUACAAACGAGGAAAUCCAACGCAAACAACCUGAGCUACGAGCUAACUUCCGAAACACCGCGUUUGCUGCGACUACUUUCAACCUGGGACCCCGCUCCUUUUCUCCACCUCACAUGGAUCCUGACAACCGCGCCUCCAGCUGGUGUGCCGACACCAACAUGGGACCCUUCGACCCCGACAAAGGUGGACACCUUGUGCUCUGGGACCUUGGGCUCAUUAUUCGCUUUCCUCCUGGCUCCACCAUCCUCUUUCCCUCUGCACUUAUCACCCACUCAACUAUCCCUAUCCAAGCACACGAAAGCCGCUAUGCCAUCAUACAGUACUCUUCUGGCGGCCUUUUCCGAUGGCGCGACAACGGGUUUCAACCAGACAAAUCCUUUCUAGAAAAGGCUACUGCUGAAGAACGUGCUGAACGGGAAGCAUUGCGGGCAUCACGCUGGAAAUUAGGCCUGCAGAAGUUUACGCGAUGGGCAGACAUUUGCAGGGGCGAUUGGAAGGGUACGAUCCGUACUGCUGCUGGCCUGGACGAAGUAAGCGACCUUUCGGACCUUGAAGAGUUUCCAGUAUUACGACCAUCUAAACGUGUCCGGCGCCGGUGA